GCAGCAAGCAUACGCAACCGGACGGAUAAAGGCGUCGUCUUUGAUUAUGUAUUUCUCUUUCUUGUAAUGGGAUUUUCUGGUGGAGUAGUGUGUAAUGGAAAAAGGCGCUUUUUGGUUCAUCCAUCUAGCUAAUACAAAUAAUCCAUUUUCUUCCCUGAUUAUUUUUUCUCGAAAUUCAGAAACCAAACAGGGCAAAGGAGCUGUCUUCCUCUUCUUCUCUCUCUCUCUCUCUCUCUCUCUCUCUCUCUAUCUAUACCUAACCGGUCUGUGUCCUCUCCGUCUGAGCUUUGUUUUCUUCCUUCAUUUGGUAUUGGGGGAGCACUACGAGCACUCCGUAAUUUAAGUUUUUGUUUUGAUUUUUUAUGACUCUCACCGUCAUCUUCAACUGUUAAGUUUUCUUUUCUCAUUGGCACUUUGUAAUUAUUUCUGCUUUCUUCUUCUUCUUUUUUUUUUUUUUCUUUCGUUCGGAAAAGUUCAAAAAGAAACACCUUCUUUUGGAAUUUUACUUUAAGAUGCACUGACAAGUGACGACUUUUUCUUCAACGGAGAGUUAAAGCUUUGUUGCUGUUUAGUGGGUUCUGAGAUCUGAAAUUUUUUUAAAUUUUUUCCUUCUGUCUUCUUCAUUGUCUAUUCUCAAACUUUUUCUGCUCAGUGUAAUCUUCUUCAGAACUUCGUUUGCUUCUCCACCAUUUCUUGCCUGCGCAGCACCUGUAAUUUUAGAUCUCGUAAUAGUUUCCGCCAAGUGUCAGUUCCACCAAAUUCCUGAAAUCUCAAUCUUUACUCCACUGGUUUCACUACUUUUAACACCUUCAAGUAACGUAACCGUGGUUUUUUCGGCGAGAUUGGGGCUUUACAUUGUUGAGGAAAAAAGGCUAAUAACUUUUAACCUCUUGCAGUGAACGAAGCAAUUCUGAGCUUCUCCGACAUUUCCGCUCUGCUUGGUUUUCUGACGAUGCGGAGUAUCCCCAAGCUAGGUUCACGCCGAAGAGAAGUAUGAUUGAUCAGUUUAUCAAUUUUGUCAUUCGCCCUCCCAGGGUGGAUUACAACCCUGAUCAGUAUUUAUGGGAAAAGGAUUUCACUCUAGCUGGUAGACAGUACAAGCGACAGGACUUGGAGCUUACAAAUUCAAGAGGCCAUACCUUGCGCUGCAGUCAUUAUCUACCUUCAUCUUUCACUGGAGAUACUCCUCUUCCUUGUGUUAUAUACUGCCAUGGGAAUAGUGGAUGUAGGGCAGAUGCAAAUGAGGCUGCUGUAAUCCUUCUUCCCUCAAAUAUUACUGUUUUCACCCUUGAUUUUUCUGGUUCGGGCUUGUCUGAUGGUGACUAUGUUAGCCUUGGUUGGCAUGAAAAAGACGACCUUAAGAUUGUGGUGUCAUAUCUCAGAAGCAAUAAACAAGUAUCUCGAAUAGGUCUAUGGGGACGAUCUAUGGGUGCUGUCACCAGCCUUCUCUAUGGAGCAGAAGACCCAUCUAUAGCUGGAAUGGUGUUAGACAGUGCGUUUUCAAACUUAUUUGAUUUAAUGAUGGAACUAGUGGAUGUCUACAAAAUCCGGCUUCCUAAAUUCACAGUCAAGGUGGCAGUGCAGUACAUGCGACGGGUAAUUCAGAAGAAGGCAAAGUUUGAUAUCAUGGAUCUUAACUGCCUAAAGGUUGCACCAAAAACAUUUAUUCCGGCUUUAUUUGGACAUGCUAGCGAGGACAAAUUCAUUCAACCCCACCACUCCGACCUUAUCUUCAAGUCUUAUGCAGGAGAUAAAAAUAUCAUAAAAUUUGAUGGUGAUCACAACUCUUCGAGACCACAGUUCUAUUAUGAUUCAGUGUCUAUAUUCUUCUUCAACAUUCUACAUCCUCCUCAAAUAGCUUCUGCAUAUUCAAGCAAACUUGAGAAAUAUUAUGAUUUGGGGGAUUUGAAGGUCGGAGCUGGCAUGGAUGAGAAUCUUCUAUAUGAGAUUAUCACAAGCCUCCAUUCUGCGUGUAAUGGUGCUGCGAGUUCAUCUUCUGCUCCUCCUACCAUUUUAACUACGAAGCCUGUGGAUGAACUUCUCUCAGAAAUUGCUCCAUUUACUAGCACAGAUUCUUUGCUUAAUGAUAAUAGUACACCUAAUGGUGAUGAGCCUCUAUACUUACAGGAUAAGCCAGACGGUCAGAGCGAGGAGUGUUGCUCUUAUACAAGCUCCAAUAGAGAGAGUUGGGGUAGAUGUUCUUCAUUAGGAGGCAGUGAUGGAGAGUCUUCUGCAGGCUGCACUGCUACGAACAAUUGUCAUCAGACAAGUCUCAAUGUGCUUGCUACUCCCCUUAGAAAUAUAAAUCAAAAACCGAACAACCCGCCAAAAGAGGACAAGAAGAACAAGAAGGUUCAAGCAGUUCAGAAGAAGCCUAAACGUGAGAAGGCUAGAGAGAAGCUUGAAAAGCUAGAGGCCCUUAGUAAACGACUGCGGCAUUGUAUUCUAAAGCGAGUUAACCAUCGAAGACAUCGUUCUUCAUGAUAGCUUUGUACCUUAGCAUACUCAUGUAACUAUGUCCAAUUCAUCUUCAAGUAACAUUUCUAUUUACUUUGUGGUGUAGUAAAAAAGCAAUGGGUUUUAUUCUGA